CUUGGUGGGUUUUUUAUUAAUCUUUUGUGUGAAUUUACAAAUGUGGCUCUCUCAGACAGCGGGUUUCCCCAUUUUAUUCACCCUUUUAUACAGUUUAUUUUCAUAUUCAGACAGAGAUUCUUAGUAUAGAUGAUUCUGCUUUUUCUUACGUACACAAAAAAGAACAAAUUCAUAAUUUGACUAAAAUUCACUUGAAAAGGUAAUUAAAUUAUUUCCCUGGAAAAUUUUUCAUUUUGAUAAGAAAAAUGUGUUAAAUUUGUAUUUUGACAUUCGCAUUGGAAAAUAAAAUUUACAAUUAAGUGACAAGUCACUUAAUUCAGUCACUGACGACAAGUAAAACAUCCAAAGGAUUUUUUUUUUUUUUUUUUUGGCUUUCAUCAAAAACCUUUUGAAGUGUGUGGAGGGGCGUUCGAGGAGAAUCAGACACGUGAUUUUCCUACGCAUUUCCAAAAACGUUACCUUCAAAACUGGCAGCUUCUUAACAUCUAACCGGAGGCUUACGUUGAGUUAAUUAUUCGGUCGAUCGAAAAACAAAAGCUGGCCUCGUUUUAAUUUGUUUUCCCGCGUCGGCCUCCUUCAAACUUGUCCUUUUCCCAGCGGCGACUGAAUGCGUCACGGAUCCCUGAUCCUCCGGUGGAGAGAUCCAGGCGCCGGGAGGACUCCUCGGCGUUUCCACGCCUCCCACUUUCACCCCCAUUGUGGUGAAUCUCCGGCUCACACACACACACACUUUGCCAGACUUCCAGGAGUUGGAGCCGACCGAUCGAAGAGGGAACGCCGACGACCGUAAAAGAAAAAAACCAAAACCUGUCCUGUUUCCCCGCAUGGAUCUUCUUUCUUCUCGUGAGGGAUUUCACGGAGCUGAGAUGGUUCGCGUAGUCGGGAAUUUUGGAGACUUGCGCCGGGGAGAAAGCGCUCGCGUACUCUACGCUGCAGAGUUGUAAAAAAGUUGUUUACCCCCUUGAAGUUUUAUUCUUCCGCCGCCAGUUCGGACUCCGUGCUCCUCCAGCCUGGUAACCCACGGCCAUCAUGGCGAGGCGCACGGCGGGGGCACCUUUGGUUUUGAAGCCGAGUACGCGCGCCGCUCUCCGGGAUGAACGCCCUCGCUGUGGCCGGGGCUCGCUGGCUUUCUCUUGGAGCUUCGUUUUGAUCUCCUCGGCGCUCUUCUCUUCUUGCGGAUAUUGCGGCGCCGAGACGGAGUUUUCUAUCCUGGAAGAAGCGCAAGUUCUGGCCGAGCAGAUGAAGAAGCUGUCCUCUCAGGAGCUGGGAGUCUUCACUAUGCAGAGGAUUUUCAGCUCGUUUGUGUACACCGAGAAGACAUCAAACGGAGAGACAGAAGUGCAGCAGCUGGCCAAGAAGAUACGGGAGAAGUUCAACCGCUACCUGGACGUGGUGAACAGGAACAAACAGGUGGUGGAGGCCUCGUACACCGCCCACCUCACCUCUCCGCUCACCGCCAUACAGGACUGCUGCUCCAUACCAGCCUCAAUGAUGGAGUUUGAUGGAAACUUCAAUACCAACGUCUCCAAGACCAUCUGCUGUGACAGACUUUCCCCUACCGUCAGCAGCCGAGCUUUUAACCCUGGACGAGACCUCAACUCAGUGUUGGCAGACAACUUAAAGUCCAACCCGGGGAUCAAGUGGCAGUACUUCAGCUCAGAGGAGGGCAUCUUCACCGUCUUCCCUGCCCACAAGUUCCAAUGCAAAGGAAACUACGAGCACCGCAGCAGGCCCGUGUACGUCUCUGCAGUGCGCCCACAGUCCAAGCACAUUGUGGUGAUGGUCGACCACGGAGCGUCUGUAACUGACACCCAGCUGCAGAUCGCCAGGGACUCGGCACUGGUCAUCCUCAACGCGGUGGAUGAACACGACAAGAUCUCCAUCCUGUCGGUGGCGGAGACGGUUCGCUCCUGCUCCCUGGACCAGUGCUACAAGAGCCUGCUGUCUCCGGCCACCAGCGAGACGAAGAGGAAGAUGAGCACCUUCAUCUCCAACAUCAAGGCGUCCGACGGAGCCACGCAGCACGCGGCGGGCUUCCAGAAGGCCUUCCAGCUGCUCCGCAACACCAGCAGCAUCAGCAAACACGGCACCACCACAGACAUGGUGAUCAUCUACCUGUCGUCCGGCAUCACUUCCCGGGAGUCGUCGGAGCAGGAGAAGAGAGCCACGCUCAGUGUGGUCAGAGAGGAGAACCGACACCUCAACAACUCCGUCAUGAUCCUCACCUACGCCCUCAUGAAUGAGGGAGUCACGGGCCUGAAGGAGCUGGCCUUCCUGAGGGACCUGGCCGAGCAGAACUCCGUGAAGUACGGCGUUGACCGGAUGUACGACCGAGACCGCUCCUCCGCCGCGUCCUCAUCAGCGGGGGCCUCCAUGAUGCCGGUGGUGAAGGGGAGCAUGAUGGUGCUGAACCAGCUGAGCAACCUGGAGACGACGGUCGGGCGCUUCUACAUCAACCUGCCCAAUCGCAUGAUCGACCUGGCCCGCUUCAGCCUGCCCUACUCCGACCCAAUGGGAGAUGGCUUCAUCAUGACCGUGAGCCGGCCGUGUUAUUUUGGUAACCUGCUCCUGGGCGUGGUCGGGGUGGAUGUGAACCUGGCCUACAUUUUGGAGGAUGUCACGUAUUACCAAGACUCUCUGGCCUCGUACACCUUCCUCAUCGACAACAAAGGUUACACGCUGAUGCACCCGUCGCUGACACGGCCCUACCUGAUGACGGAGCCUCCCCUGCACACGGACAUCAUCCACUACGAGAACAUCCCAGGAUUCCCUGCCGUCCGCCAGAACAUCCUCAGCCUCCCUUUGGGCAGUCAGAUCAUCGCCGUGCCCGUCAACUCCUCUUUGUCUUGGCACACCAACCGGCUCAGGGACAACAGCAAGGAUGCUUACAACGUCAGCUACGCCUGGAAACUGGUUCAGGACACGUCGUUCAUCUUGUGCAUCGUGUACGUGCAGCCGGAGAUUCCAGUGAAGCAGCUGAAGAACCUGAACACAGCUCCCAGCUCCAAGCUGCUCUACCACCGCUUGGACCUUCUGGGUCAGCCCAGCUCCUGUCUGCACUUCAAACAGCUCGCCACUGUCGAGUCUCCCACGGUGAUGUUGGCAGCCGGUAGUUUCUCUUCUCCCUACGAGCACCUCAGUCAGCCAGAAACAAAGCGCAUGGUGGAGCACUACACGGCCUACCUGAGCGAUAACACCAGGCUCAUAGCCAACCCGGGCCUCAAGUCCUCCGUCAGGAACGAGGUUAUGGCGACCAGUCAUGUCACGGAUGAGUGGAUGACACUAAUGGAAAUGAGUAGCCUCAACUGCUACAUUGUGCGCCGUUACAUAGCAACGCCCAGCGGGGUGCUCCGGAUUUACCCAGGAUCACUGAUGGACAAAGCCUUCGACCCGACCCGCAGACAAUGGUACCAGCAUGCCGUGGCUAACCCCGGCCUCAUCACCUUCACGGGGCCGUACCUGGAUGUGGGCGGGGCCGGCUACGUCGUCACCAUCAGCCACACCAUUCACGCCUCCAGCUCCCAGAUGGCCCCGGGUUACGCAGUCGCAGUGAUGGGCAUCGACUUCACCCUCCGCUACUUCUAUAAGGUCCUGCUAGACCUGCUGCCCAUCUGCAACCAGGACAAAGGCAACAAGAUCAGGUGCUUUAUAAUGGAGGACAGAGGGUACCUGGUGGCUCACCCGACUCUCAUUGACCCGAAAGGUCAUGCUCCUGCAGAGCAACAGCACAUCACACACAAGGAGCCGCUGGUGGCCAACGACAUCCUGAACCAUCCCAACUUCGUCAAGAAGAACCUGUGUAACAGCUUCAGCGACCGCACGGUGCAGCGCUUCUACAAGUUCAACACCAGCAUUUUGGGGGACCUCACCAACCUGGUCCACGGAAGCCAUUGUUCCAAGUACCGUCUGACCAGAAUCCCCGGCACCAACGCCUUCGCCGGCAUCGUCAACGAGACGUGCGACUCUCUGGCGUUCUGCGCGUGCAGCACGGUCGACCGGCUCUGUCUCAACUGCCACAGAAUGGAGCAGAACGAGUGCGAGUGUCCGUGUGAGUGCCCCCUGGAGGUCAAUGAGUGCACUGGCAACCUCACCAACGCUGAGAACAGGAACCCCAGCUGCGAAGUGCACCAAGAGCCGGUCAGCCUAAAUGUUAUUGAUCCCAGCCUGCACGACACCCUGCCCCAGUGUAUCAACACCCGCUGCAGCCAGCGCUACACCAGCAGUGACUGCUUCGGCGUCCUGGACUGCGAGUGGUGCAUGGUGGACAGUGAUGGUAAGACUCAUCUCGACAAGCCGUACUGCGCCCUGCAGAAGGAGUGUUUUGGGGGCAUAGUUGGAGCCAAGAGUCCGUAUGCGGACGGCCUCGGACAAAUAGACGAAGAGGUGGCGUCUCUGAACAUGAUCAAGAGCGCCCCCGUGGGUCCCGUGGCCGGGGGCAUCAUGGGAUGCAUCAUGGUGCUGGUGCUGGCGGUGUACGCGUACAGGCACCAGAUCCACAGGCGCUCGCACCAGCACAUGUCACCUCUGGCUGCACAAGAAAUGUCGGUGAGAAUGUCAAACCUCGACAACGAACGAGACGAGAGGGACGAGGACAGCCACGAGGACCGAGGGAUCAUCAGUAACACCAGGUUCAUAGCCGCCGUGAUCGAGAGGCACACUCACACUCCUGAGCGGAGGCGGAGGUACUGGGGGCGGUCUGGCACUGAGAGCGACCACGGCUACAGCACCAUGAGCCCACAGGAGGACAGCGAGAACCCACCCGGAAACAACGACCCGCUGUCGGCCGGCGUCGACGUCGGCAACCACGACGACGACCUGGACCUGGACACGCCACCCCAGACGGCCGCGUUGCUCAGCCACAAGUUCCACCCCUACCGGCACACGCACACGCACCACCACCCGCUGCACACGCACCACCUCCAAGCCGCCGUGACCGUGCACAGUGUGGACGCCGAGUGCUGAUCCUCGGCGCGGCAUUCGCCCUCCUGUCGGGGAUGGAACCGCUGGGGAUUUUUACACUAAAGACGGUUUUAAAAAGAAAACAAACAAAAAAAACAAACAAAAUGCUUAAUACAGCACACAGUGGGUACUCUUGAGAUGGAUGGAUGGAAGGACGGACUCGGAGCCGCGGUGGCACUUUGCCGCUGGGACUUCUGGGCGACUCUUUGUGGUCGCCACGUCUCACCUUUGCUCAAACCUGGAACAUGUUGAAAAUUACCAGGCAUCGCUCAGUACGCAUAACCACAUGGAUUUCUUUUUUUUUUUCUGAAGGAAUUUGGUAUUCAAGACUUGUAAGCAAGAGCACAAACUUCAGGAGCAAACAAACAAACAAAAAAAAAAAAAUACAGUUGGAGCCAAUCCACAGGCCUAAUCCAGGACACAACUGGAACUUUACAGCCCAUUAUUCUACAGACCAGCGGACGCUUGGGCCCAUUUUGCCGAUAGAUCCACUCCAAGCUCCACAUAGAUUGUAUCCCUGAAACACCCAGUUGUGGCAAGAAGUGAGUGAUCUGUGGUGCAGAGUAGAAGUACUGCGUUUCUGACUACGAGCUGGAUCCAGUGGGAUACUAACACGGUUUCAGCUCUUCUCCCCUUGGAGAACUGUGGACACUCCAGAGUUGUUGUUGUUGUUGUUUUUUUUUCUCUUUAACCUGCCGCCUCCGUCCAAAGGCUGCUGGUCCAUCAUCGACGAUGUUUCGGAUGGUAUCUGGACAUUUUCCUGAAUGUCUGUGGACUUAACAAAAAGCUUCAAGGAUUCACACAAAUGCAAGGACAAACACUUUAAAAAAGAGGAAAAUAUUAUUUUUCUACUAUUUAUUAAAGAGGUAGAUUUUCAAGACGGACGAAAAAAGCAGCCGCCGCUAAUUCAGACAAGACGGUAGUCGAGGUGCUCGAGACGAUUCGGCCCACUUCCUGCAGCCAGUGCAUCUUAUGUGGGGCUCAUUAUUUUCAGUUUCAUUCCACUAAAAAUGUGGAAUAAAAUUGUUGUUGUUGAACAAUGUUCCGAUACAACAGCAGUGAUGCAACAGAGAGUGUGAAGUUAUUAUAAAGAGCUAACUUACACUUUCUUCUUCAACAGAACCAUAUUCUUAGCCGCCAGUCAGUGGCCAGUUUAUUAGGUACACCUCUCCAGUCUACUCUAAUGUGACACCCUGUAUGUAAUUUAAAUCAGCUGGACAAAAAAAAAAAAGCAGAAAUAAAAAUAUCUUUUAGUUUUAUAUAGACCUUUACUUUUAUAAUUAACAUUUAUUUGACCCAUUUCUGACAAUGCCACCAAAAAGACACUCAUAGUUUUUAAAUGAUAAAUGUUAAGGCAGGGCUGUUUUUAUUGGAUUACAUUACAGUAAAGGUGUACCUAUUAAAGUGGCCACACAGUGUAUAGUCCGGUGAACAGCGUCUUCAUUAAGCGAGGAGUAUUUUUGGAGCGGUAACAUUUAAUCUGAAUGGAAUCCUGAUUGGCUCGUUCAAAAAAAAAAAAAAAAAAGAACAAAUUUCCGUUUGAAAAAACUGAAAACAAUGAGCCUUAACCGACCAUGUGUCGGACCGUUUUGGGGGAAGUGGUGCUUCGGCUGACUUGUCUGAUUUUCCCGGAGGUUUCGAGGUAAAACUUGCUGCGCCGAGUUGAGUUGAAAACAUCCUCACUGUGGACACGUCGUCUGUAUCCGGAAGGCUCGUGCUCGCCGGCCUUCUCCAGCCUCCCAAGGACAGGGGAGUCAGCGCCAGUGAUUUGGUGUGCGAGGAUAAUUGGGAACCCUCACAGAGGUCCUGAGGGAUUCGCAUACUGCUGUCCUCCAUAUCCGCCUGACUAGAAAAACCAGUGCGGUUUCUUUCACCCUAUUUUUGCCUGCGAGGCCGAGCGGAUGCUGUGUGUGUGUGCGUGUUAGGGUUGCGUGCUGGAAUUUGUACAGUGAUGCCCCAAAAUGGAGAGGUAGAGAUGCUGCUGUUGUUUUCCAGAGGACACCCCCCCACAUCUGUCGACUCCUCUGUGGUUAACCACUCCAAAUGUAUUUUCUAGAUGUCUCUGGUUUAACUGUUGAGUGCGUGUAAGGAGAAUGAGUGUGUGUGUGUGUGAGACGAAUGAAUGAUUAUCCAACCGGAACGAUUUCACUGAAUGCAUUAUUUUUCAAAAAUAGUAUUAGAGAAUUAUAGGUAAAAUUAUUAUUAUGAUUGAGAAAUCCACUUAUUUUUAUUCUGAUGAAGAGUCACUCGACCCAGUCUGGGAUUUGAUUGUUCAAAUCGCAUCAUUUUCUUUUCUUUCUUUUUUUUUUCCUCCUCCAAAUGUCUAUUAUUCUUCAGAGAUUCACUAUGAAGUGUAAAUACAGAAUCAGAAAUAGCUAUUAACGUCCUGUACACUCCUUUUUUUUUUUUUUUUUUAAUGUUGACAUGAUGUAUGCUUCAAAUGAUGCUCAGAUACUCGGGUUGAUAAUGAAUUGUCUGUUCAUGGUGUCUCACUAUAUUUUUUUGAUGCCUUGGAUGUUGUUUUUUUGUUUUUUUUAGGUAUAUUUUUCUUUAGGUCCAUAUUGGAUGGAAGUCAGUACUUGGAAGAAGAAGAAAAAAAUUAAUACACACUUAUUUUUAAGAGACUUCUAGUUUUUAAAGUUGUAUUGUGUGUUUUCAAAAAUGUCAAAGAAAGCUUAUCUCUCCACGGACUCAUUUUUACAAAAGAGCAACUUUUUCAUCGAUCAAUGACCAGAACAAACAUCCCCGUGGUGGAUUCGGGUUUGCCGCCGUAAUCCAUGCCAUGGUUCCGUUUACCACGUAAGACUGUCAGCCAUAUUCAUUUACAGUCAUUUUAGUGUGUUUGACACUUUAGAAGAGUAUUUGCGUUUGCACAUUUCGGCGUUGGCUCAUUUAACUUUCAUCUGCGCUCGUGUUAAAUAAUCUGACAACUGAUCCAAAAAAACAGUGGUUCUGUUCUUAGUUUCCGUUUCCUCAAAAUUCUAAACUUCCUGAAUCCGUUGGGUUAAAUAUUCCACUGCGACUGCAAAUACAUUUACUAGCAUUGCCGUAAGAUCAUAUGUGACUAUAUGUGAAUCGCGUUUCACCUGCAGUGUUUCAUCACAGGAAGUUAUUUUAAUGCCACUACUCUAAAUGGUACGUAUUGUUGGUUGUUUUACAUCAAAGCAAUCUUGUAGCACAAUCUCUACAUCAAAUGCAGUUUCUGUUUCUAUCUGUGUGUUGGGACAAUUAUUUUUCUCCAAAUUUGAUUUUUGUUUUUUUCCUGGAGAGCUUUUUGAACAGUAUUUACCAGCUGUUUUAAACGAGUAUAUAUGUGUGUGUAUACAGAACAGUCUGAAUUGCAAUUAAUGUGCUGAAGGAACAUGUGUACGUCACCCCCCACCCCACCCCCCAUGUAUCAUAUAAAAAGUUAUCAAAACUGAGAUUUAUUGCAAUGUGAAUGUGAUAAAGUCCAUUUUUUCACUUAAA